AAUAAGUAACAUCAUAGAAGAUUUAUUUCUUCAAGUCAAUAAUGCAGCCUGCAGUCGCUUUAUAAUUAAUAGAGCUGAUGUCUGGGAUGGAGCAAUGCAGGGUUUCCGUAGAAGUAACUAUGAACCCCAGAAUUCCAUUAUGGUGAAAUUUACGGAUGACAUAGGAGUCACUGAAGAAGGAAUUGAUACAGGAGGACCAAAACGGGAGUUCCUUGGUCUUCUAAUGGAUCACUUGCAUAAACAUCCCAUAUUUGAAGGACCAGAAACACAAAGGUUUCUUAAAUAUGAUGCAACUGGUGAGAAGAAUGACGAAUACUUCAUGUCUGGAAGAAUAAUUGUUUUUCAUCUGGCUGGCUGCAAGACAGUCAUUAAAGAAUUGGACGACAAGGAGAAACUAGUUGAAGACUUUCUUAAGUGGUAUAUAAUUAAAAGAAAUGCAUUUGGCAUCGAGCGAAAAUUUGUCGCCGGAAGGACCAUCACUGCGUGAUAUUCUCCAGUUUGCUACCGGCCUGUCCUCCAUUCCACCUUCUGGUUUCCAUCCGCGUCCAUCAGUAGAGUGUCUUCAUAAUGGGUCACCAUAUCCCAUUGCUAACACUUGUGGCAAUAUUAUUCACCUACCAAUUACUACAGAUUACUAUACUUUUCAGAAGAACAUGGACUUUGGAAUAUUAAAUUCCCCAGGGUUUGGCAGAGUCUAGAAUUAUUAUAAAAGAGUUAUUCCACGCCAACUCAACCA